CCACAGCAUCGACACCACCAAGCUACUCCAUGGCUGCUUCGUCGGCCGGUUCCGACCCCGACAGCGUUGCCCACCAUGUAAGCUGUCCUCUGCACUGUGGCGAAGUAGCCUCCCGCUGUAACGCCUCGACCAAACUACACUUUCCCUGUCGCCGCGCUGCGAAGAAUUUUCCCUCUGGAUUGCUGCCGACCUGCAGGCAACACCUCGACCGGCAGAUACAGGCUGGCAGAUGUCAAGCUACCGAAGCCUGCGGAUGGCCUUGUCUCCGCCUCUCUACCUAUAACCCACCUUUCCAUCUUUGUGUGGAGCACCAGAACGGAACAGACACGCUCCCUUGUUUCUUCCUGAGGGUUCCGACCGAGAUCCGGCUGAUGGUUUUCCGAUACGUGUUUCCGGACAGCAUCCCAAUCCGGAGGAUACCGCAUUUAGCCUGGGAAGACGUCUGCUCUAGCAUGUCACUUUUGAGUGUCAAUCGACAGAUUAGUGAAGAAGCAGCUCUCGUUCUAUAUGGAGAGGUUCCAUUUGAAGUCGAUGUCGCCACGAGUUCUAUCAGCUUAUGCGGCAAAGUCUGGAACUGCAAUCCUGCGUACGGCGAAGGUUUGAAUUACGCAGCGAAAGAGGACGCACCUAUACCACAGGAGCUUGCUAAACGGAUCCAGAACUACGAAGUCCAAGUCCGCUUGGGUUCCUAUGAGGCUAUUCCGAUAGGGGUACGUACAGGGAUUGGAUCUAAGUACGUCACUCAAGAAGACUACUGGCUUUACCAAGCCCGCGACACCAUUGGAAAAUUCGUCGAUCUCAUCAAUCGGAGCAGUGCUCAGCCUAAGGUUGGAGAUAAGCCAUUACAACGGCUUCGCAUCCAACCAAAGGUUGGCGACCACUAUUCUCAUUGGCAGCUCGAUGAAGUUAUGGCAGCCGUUGUCCUCUUGGCUGAACCUUUCAAGGCUGUUUGCGGAGUGCAUCGCCCUGUACUUUGCGAACCUAUCCUCAUUUAUCGAGGCCAAUGGAUGGAACCCUCUAGUGCCCGCCCACACGACGCUUAUGCCGACGCAUAUAAAAGAGAAUACAGGGCAUAUCAAGUGGAGUGGAGAGAGUCGCUUGCGCAGUACACACAGAAACUCCGUCAAGAUCCGGAGCUGCCUAUGUCAAGCAAGAUCGCCCAAGCAAAUGCCGAGAUGAAGAGCAUCGAAAGCUUCGUAGCAACGGUAUACAGAGAGGACGAGCGAUCGGUGCUCGGGCUUACUUCACUGUACACACGCAACGUCUUCGAAGGGAUCGCUAGGCCAUUACACUUAGCACGAGUAGCAUAUGAAUGCCGCGAUCUGCCGCAACUCGCAGCAAUCCGAAAGGUUCUUCAGCGGCGAUGGAUCAACUACCAGAGAUUACAGCAGAAGGAUUCCUCCCGUAUGGCGAACGCGAUCCUGGGACUAUUUGACCCCUCCGAGGCCAGCAAGAUCAAGCAUGAUAACCCUUUUGAGUUUAAGUUCACAAAGAGCGAAGCAAGCGCUAAUGACUUUGACCCGAGCUGGCCGGAGCUAAAAGUAAAAUCGGCGGUCCCGAGAAGCGAUGAGCCAGGCACGACCGAACAGGAUGACCGCGAACGCCGCUACUACACAAAAGGAUCUACGCAGAUGAUUCGUCUCAAAACUCCGGCUUUCGUACGAGCAACCAGACAAUCUGGCGCUCCCACCUAGUCCGCUUGCGAGAUUGACGUCUUGCUCCGUUUCGUGCUUUCCCCCGUGGAUUCAGCAUCAUGCCCGACUUGACAACUUCUGGGCAAAUGUUUCUAUAACUCGCCCGCUCUAUGCGAGUUUCUUUCCAUGCACUCUCGGCCACUACGGGAAGACCGGCUUGGUUUUUUCCCUACCCUGCAGCACCACGCUCGAAGCUUACUUUCACGAGUCUUGUAUGGGUAUUCAUGAUGGCGUAGCCAUCGGGGAUAAAAGCUCGACUUUGAAGGCUGCCUCUGAGUAUUCUUGGUCAGCGCGAAGGCAGUUCGCAAACUUGCUCCGACGUAAGGUAGCGUUUCGAGUCAUAUUAAUGCAG